AUGUCUAUAGAACUAAGAGAUGGUCUAGCCGAUCAACCAUUGGAUCGGGUUCUAGAAGAUUUGCUUGUACGGUUUGUUGUCAAUGUACCGGAAGAGGAUUUAUCGUCAAUAGAGAGGAUCUUCUUUCAAGUAGAAGAGGCGCAUUGGUUUUACUUGGACUUUGUAAGGCAAUUGAAUCCCAGUUUACCUGCAAUGAAGAUGAAAACGUUUUCAACGAAACUUUUAGAGGCAUGUCCUUUAAUAUGGAAAUGGGGGGAUCCGUCAGAUGCAUUGUCCAGAUUUGGCAAGUACAAGAGUACUAUUCCUGUUAGAGGAGUUGCCAUGUUCAAUACCGAUUUGACAAAGGUACUACUAGUCAAAGGGACCGAAUCCAAUACAUGGUCGUUCCCACGCGGAAAGAUAUCGAAAGGUGAAAGCGAUAUUGAAUGUGCGGUAAGAGAAGUUGAGGAGGAGAUUGGCUUCAACUGUAAACUGUACAUUGACGAAAAUGAGUAUGUUGAACGAACAAUCAAAGGCAAGAACUAUAAAAUCUUCUUAGUCAAGAACGUUCCUGAAGACACUGUGUUUGAGCCCUUGGCCAGGUUUGAAAUAUCCGAGAUCAAAUGGUUUGAUCUCAAAAAGCUCCAGAAAAAGAUCAAGUCAAACCCAAAUAAGUACUUUAUAGUAGACGCAAUAAUGAAACCAGUCUUGAAAUGGAUCAACAAGAGCUUAGGAGCACUGAAUGAGGAAGAGGCUAUGCGUCAAAUGGAAUUGGACUUGAAAAACCUAAUGGGAUUAACCAAAAAGGAAGUUGUGGAACAUCCCGAUGCUGGAAGGGAGUUAUUGAACCUUUUGCAGCGCGCAGAACCACCAAGUGCGACCUUGUCAAACCCAUUAGUACAUGAAAAAGAGCAACAGAACCACUUUAUGGUGAAUAAUACUCAAUCACCCUUGGGUAUGGGAGUACAAAGUAUUAUCCCUGGUGUUACUGGUAUCGACAUGCACAGUAAUGUACCGCUGUACAACCAGCCCCUUCUUCAUCCUUCCUCUUUACAAAUACUACAGGGCCAAGCACAAGACCAAGCACAAGCACAAGCACAAGCACAUGCACAAGGCCAAGCGCAAGAACAAGCACAACAAUAUCCACAUCACCACCAUCAUCAUCAAUUUGCUUCUGACCCUAAUCAUUUCCCCACUGCACCAAAUCCAGAGAAGUUACAGAAGCCUUACACCAACUCGAAGGAACUCUUAUCUAUUUUAAAAACUAAAUCUCAAAAGAAAGAUACUGUGGAAUUUAAUGAAAAACACAAGUCAGCGGAUGCAGAGAAUAUCCGCUCAAAAGCACAACAAUUGUUGAGUUUGUUCCCAAAGAAAAAGGGACAAGCUGUAGAUGUUGAAGAGGAUACAGCUCAUGGUACAAUUUCGAAACAUAGUUCUAGAACCGGUUCAAGCACCAAGUUAAAGAGCAAAACAUCAGCAGUUGCCACUGCCGCUACCGGUGUAGGUCUGUAUUCAAAGAAUGGUGGCUCUCUUGCACAAGAUAUAGAGAAAUCCAGACCCUCGUUGCUGCGUCAGCAACCUUCUAACGAAAUAGAAGAAUCAAUAAGAUCUUCUUACCAACGACAACCGGUUGCUGGGAAGAAAAUCAAGUUAUUAAAGCGUUCAGACAACAAAGGACCCCACGACUUGUUAACCUUGCUAGGGCCCAAAAAGCUGGAAUCACCAGAAUCGGUGAAUACCACACAGGAGUUACCAACAAAAGAUGCUCACCCAUGGAAUGGAGAGGAACUGCGCGGUACAGGAAUAUCAAAUGCAAAACAGGAAGCAGGAGCAGCUGGGGCACUGGCAACAGCAACAGCAACAGCAUCAGCAUCUAAGGAAAUACUAAGGUUUUUGGGUAAAGACGGUUCCCAAUUUAAUGACGAAAACAAGACCUCCAACCGGUUCCUUGGAAUAUUACAAAGAGAAACAAGUGACACUAAUGUAAACCAAACCUCCAAUGCAGUUUCUCCCACAAACGAUUUUUUGAGCUUAUUAAACAGACCUCAAUCAUCUCAAGACCGUGCUCAGGAAAUCAAACAGCAGAAUGAGACUAGGAACACAAAAGUAUCACAAGCAAGAACUCAUAACUUGUCUUCUUCGGCGAAUAAAUUACUCGACCUCUUGGGAACGAAACCAUUGCACUCGAAUGCCAACAAAGCGCUGCAGGAUAGCACGACUUUGGACCUGGACCUUAAUCAGCAGCAGCAGCAGCAGCAGCAGCAGCACCAUCAUACUCCUCCUAACGACUUUACUUAUGCAACUCAAUCAAAAAAUUCAGAUAAUCUGAAUAAUAUGUCAAUGCAUACACCUCAAGCACCCGAUAUGUGGGCUCAACCUAGAGAUCAAGGGAAGGAUGUUAAAUCUUAUCCAUUGAACAUAGACCUUUUAUUAGCCAAGCAUCAAGCAGAAACUUUGAAACAAAAUGGGACAAGCGACUCUUUGGGCGAAAACACACAAGCUCACAAGAACGCCAAUCAACCACGUACAGCCACAGCCCAAGAUGUAGAAACACAGGAUCAAUUUGAAAACUUUGAAGAUUUUGAAAACUUCGAAGACUUCAAUGAUGAGUACGCCUUUGACGAGAAGCCUUCCAGGAUAAUUUAUAAAAAUUUUGACGUUGAUUCCGACGAGGAAGAAGAAGAAGAAGAAGGAGAGUACGAUGAUUACUAUCAACCAAAAAAACAUUCUUUGACCACCCAAGAACAUCAACUUCAGAAUGAGAAGAAACUAAAUUAUAACAAAAACAACAAUAGACAAACAUUUAUGCAUACAAGUCAAUCUAAUGAUCAGGGUAAAGGAUUAUUAGCAUUAUUGACUAAAAAACAACAGCAUUCUUAA